GGGCCAGUAAAGGUAUUUUUGGGGACAUUCCAAGCGGUUUUUGGGGACAUUCCCGGCGUUCUUGGGGACAUUCCCGGCGUUUUGGGGGACAUCGGAGCCACUUUUGCCCCCCCCCCCCCCCCCCCGGGCGCAUUUUUGGGGCCAUUCGGGGAAUUUUCGGGGCCGUGGAAGCCGCGUUCGGCCCCCCCGCGGGGCCCCCGCUGUCCCCUCGGUCACGGCCCCGGCCCUUGACCCCCUCCCCCCCCUCCCGUGACUUCCCGGACACCGCGGGGUGGGGGAGGGAGGGGGAGGUUUGUAACCCCCCCCCAGGACACCGGGCCGGACACUCGGACAGCCGGACACUCGGACAGCCGGACACUCGGAGCCCAGUCGGACCCUCGGCGCUGGACACUCGGACCUUCAGCCAUGGCCGGAGCUGUCCUGGGGCUGCUGCUGCUGCUGCUGCCCCUGGUCCUCGGUGUCCCCUCGCCCCCCCCGGCCGCCCCCACGCCCUCGCUGCCCCCCCCGCGCUGUGACCCCUCGCUGGCGCCGAUCGCGGGCGGCCGGGGGGAGCUGGUGGCGGGGGGGGAGGUGCUGCUCUACCGCUGCCCCCCCGGCACCGCCCCCGCGCCCACCGCGCUGCGCCGCUGCGGCCCCGACGGCAGCUGGGACCCCCUGCCCGGGGGCGGCACCGAGCCCCCCCGCUGCCAAGCCGUGUGGUGCCCGGCGCCGCUGGAGUUCGAGCAGGGCUGGUUUUGGCCGCGGGGGGGGCGGCACGCCCCGGGCUCGGUGCUGCGCUACGGCUGCGCGGGGGGGUUCACCCUGCGCGGCCCCCCCGAGCGGCGCUGCGGGGCCGGGGGGCGCUGGGAGGGGCCCGACCCCGUCUGCGACGAUGGAUCCGGUGACUGCCCGGCCCCGGCCGUGCCCCCGGGGGCGUCCAUGGAGGGGUCGCGGGCCCGGUUCGGCGUGGAGGGGGUGGUUCGGUUCCGGUGCCGCCCGGGGCUGCAGCUGGUGGGCUCGGCCGAGCGCCGCUGCCUCGAGGGGGGGGCGUGGAGCGGCACCGAGCCCCGGUGCCGAGACCCCAACGCCUUCGACAUCCCCGAGGACGUGGCCGAGGCGUUCCUGGCGUCCCUCACCCAGACCGUGGAGGCGGCCGAGGCCAACCGCAGCCAUGACCCCACGCUGAAGCGGCGGAUCCGGCUGGAGGCGGGCGCGGCGCUGAACGUGUUCCUGGUGCUCGACGCCUCGCAGAGCGUCAGCCCCCGCGACUACGAGGACGCGCGGAGCGCGCUCAGCGAGCUCGUGGAGAAGAUCGCCAGCUAUGGGGCGGCCCCGCGCUAUGGGGUGAUCACGUUCGGGUCGCAGGCGCGGGUGGUGCUGAGCCCCACGGAGCCGCGGGCGGCCGACAGCGCCUGGGUCCGGGAGCAGCUCGAGGGGCUGCCCCUGGAAGCCCACUCCCAGGCCCCCGGCACGAACCUGGCCGGGGCGCUGCGGGCCGUGUACGAGCUCCUGGUGCAGCAGGAACGGGCGGAGCAGCUGCGGGGGCUGCGGCCCGCCCCGGUCACCAACAGCACCCGGCACGUCAUCGUCAUCAUGACCGACGGCCAAGCCAACAUGGGGGGGUCCCCGGUGCCCGUCCUGCACCAGAUCCGGGAGCUGCUGAGCAUCGGGAGAGACCCCCAGAACGACCGCGAGGAUUUCCUGGACGUUUACGCCUUCGGGCUGGGGGAGGACGCCGGCGACCACGGCGAGCUCCUGAACGCGCUGGCGUCGCACAAGGCGGGGGAGCAGCACGUGUUCUUCCUGAGGGGCACCGAGGAGCUGCAGGAGGUGUUCCACCGCAUGAUCGAUGAGAGCUCCACCCUGGACCUGUGCGGGGUCAGCCUGGAGUUCUCCAAGGCCGAGGAGCGCGAGAGGAACCCCUGGGAGGUGACGGUGACAGUGACGCGGCCCGGGCGGGGCCAGGAGCGCUGCCAGGGGUCACUCGUGUCCCCCUACUUCGUGCUGACCGCUGCCCACUGCUUCACCCUGGAGGACCAGCCGGCCUGGCUGGGCGUGGACAUCGGCCUGCGGGAGCGCCGGGGGGUGGCGGGGCUGUUCCUGCACCCCGAGUUCCGCCUGGGCGCUCGGCGCGACCCGCGGCGUCCCCGAGUUCUACGACUUCGACGUGGCCCUGGUGCAGCUGGACCGGGCCGUGCCCCCCCUCGCACCCACCGCCCCAUCUGCAUCCCCUGCACCGAGGGGGCGUCGCGGGCGCUGCGGCUGCCGGAGAGGAGCUCGUGCCAGGACCACCGCCGCCUCCUGCUGCCCCCCAAGAACGUCGAGGCGUUUUUCCUGUCCCCCCGCAGCGGCGCGGGGCUGCAGCGGCAGAAGGUGCUGCUCAAGCUGGGGGACCAGCGGGCUCUGUGCGAGGCCGACGCCCUCCGGGCCACCCCCUACGCCAACGCGACCUCUCUGGCCGACGUGGUCACCCCCCGGUUCCUGUGCUCGGGGGGCACCGAGCCCCAGGUGGACCCCAACGCCUGCCCCGGCGACUCCGGGGGCCCCGUCGUCGUCACCUGGGGGAAGCGACACUUCCAGGUGGGCGUGGUCAGCUGGGGCGUGGUGUCCGGGUGCCGCCAGGGCCGGGCGCAGUCCCACGCCCGCGACUUCCACAUCAGCGUCUUCGAGGUGCUGCCCUGGCUGCGCGAGCGCCUGCGCGACGAGGACCUGGGCUUCCUGCCCUGAGCCGGACACGGCCGGACAGGGCUGGACACACCCUGGAACUACCCCGGAACCACCCUGGACACAGCUGGACACGGCCAGAUACCCCUGAAACC